UUAACAUUGUGACUAUACUCGCAGCAUGAUUAAAUUUGUCUCAUAUUCAUCCUUGAAAGUUAUUGUGUUCAAAAAUAUUUAUUUAAAAUAUCACUUAACGAAGUAGAAAAAUUGAAAGGAUAUUUAAUUUUGUAAGGCUAUAUAUGAUUACGAAAUGUUUAAUAGAAAGAUGCAAUUUAUCACAUGAAGUUAAAUUUUUACCAAAAAACAAAUUCGUAUGUGCAUUGUAUUAACAAAAGUUACUAAAGAGCAUAAUAUUCAGAUCCGAUUGAUAAGGAUGGAACAUUUAUUCACCAUUUUGUGUACCACGCUUUGCAUAACGCUGCUUAUGAACAGAACACUGUCUACAAAAAAUGAUAUUACAUUUUUGGUUGAUACAACUGCUGAUGUUGCAGUGGACGAAUUCACUCAAAUCAUAGACUUCAUUUACAACAUGACUAAUAGAUUAAAAAUAGGACCGAAUGAUUAUAUGGUGGCUCUAGUCACAUUUAACACGUUACCAAAGACACAGUUCGAUCUUAACGAUAUAAGUGACAAAGUUAGUUUACUGGAUGCAAUUAUGGCAAUCAAGAACUACAGUUUAAAUGGUCGUCGUGAAACGCACAAAGCAUUAGAUCAUAUUAGAGACAAUAUUUAUAUUUCAUCAUCAGGAAUGAGAACAGACGCGCAGUCUUCGUUACUACUAAUCACGUAUGGACAGUCAACCUCUCCAACAAAUACACAAUUCUCUGCUUUUUUUUUAAAAUCAACUGUUCAAGCUAUUUACGUCAUAGGAGUUGGAUCACUGAUGUAUGACCCAACUGAAAGAACUGAUUUUUCAAAUAUAGCUAGUUCACCAGAAAACAUAUUUUAUGUAGAAGAAGUUUCAAAUCUGUGCAAUUAUAUUUUAAAUAUAACUAUUAAACUGGAUUUGAAUGCCACACAGUCUGAAGUUGAUGGUUGUUCAACAAAAACAAACACUUUGACAACAACAUCAUUAACAACUACAGAAAGGAAAAGCACACAGUUACCA